AAUGCCGAUUUGAAUCGGAAAUGUUCGGAACAUCCGGUAGUCGCUUCUCAACAUAAACAGAAAUGGCGGAGGCAGCAGUAGCGUCUAUGGCGGCUUCAUCAGUUACUGGAGGUUGGACCAAGCACGUAACCUGCAGAUAUUUCAUGCAUGGUCUUUGCAAAGAAGGAGAAAACUGCCGAUACUCCCACGAUCUGUCCAGCAGCAAGCCUGCAGCUAUGAUAUGCAAAUUCUUUCAGAAAGGAAACUGUGUGUUCGGAGAUCGCUGCAGGUUUGAACACAGUAAACCCAUAAAGGAGGAGGAGCUGCCAACCACCCAGACGCUGCCGCUGCCUUCUGUCCCACAGGCUGGCCCAUCAGAGUCUGAACCCAGUGGACGAACACCUGGAUCGGGAGCACAGGACUGGGUCAACGCUGCUGAGUUCGUUCCAGGACAGCCCUACUGUGGACGGGCUGAGCCGGUGAAGCCGGAGAGUUCUGUCCCCGUCAUUGAGGAGUUGGACAGCAGUUCAUCCCAAGACAACAAAGACUUAAAGAAGCAACUCUGUCCAUAUGCCGCUGUUGGAGAGUGUCGCUAUGGGAUCAACUGUGCCUAUCUCCACGGUGACGUAUGUGACAUGUGUGGCCUCCAGGUCCUCCAUCCCUCUGACAACGCCCAGCGCUCAGAGCACACAAAGGCGUGUAUCGAAGCCCAUGAGAAAGACAUGGAGAUCUCCUUUGCCAUCCAGCGCAGUAAGGACAUGAUGUGCGGCGUGUGCAUGGAGGUGGUGUUUGAGAAGUCCAACCCAAGUGAGCGUCGUUUCGGUAUCCUGUCCAACUGCAGCCACUGUUACUGUCUAAAGUGCAUCCGCAAGUGGAGGAGUGCCAAGCAGUUUGAGAGCAAAAUAAUCAAGUCUUGUCCAGAGUGUCGCAUCACAUCCAAUUUUGUCAUUCCCAGUGAGUACUGGGUGGAGGACAAGGAGGACAAGAUGAAACUCAUCCAGAAGUACAAGGACGGCAUGGGCACUAAGCCCUGUCGAUACUUUGAUGAAGGCCGUGGAACCUGUCCUUUUGGGUCUAACUGCUUCUACAAACAUGCCUUCCCUGACGGCCGGCUGGAGGAGGCUCAGCCACAGCGCAGACAGCCUGGAUCCAACAACAGGAACCGGAGCUCCAGACGAACCCCUCUGUGGGACAUCCUGGACGAGCGGGGCAGCACCGACUCCUUUGAUAACGAUGAUGAGGAGAUGGUGACUUUUGAGCUGAGCGAGAUGCUCCUGAUGCUGCUGGCAGCAGGAACCGACGACGAGGUGACAGACUCGGAGGACGAGUGGGACUUGUUUCACGAGGAGCUGGAUGACUUCUACGAGAUCUACCUAUAGCCCCCUCCCUCCUCCAGUAUAUAAAUAUAUAUAAAUAUAUAACAUUAUACAGUAGACAAUAGAGUGAACUGUGUUGUGUGAGUGAUGGACAGUAGCCCUGCCCCUCCCCCCUCUCAUGUAUUGUGGCAGUGCCUUUAAGCAGGCCAUUAUUAAAUGAACUUCUAAAAGCUAAAGGACCCCACCUCCACCGCAGUGCACUCGUGCUAAACCCUUUCUAGACCUCGUCCUUGUGAGUCUCUCGUGUUUAUGUUGAUAAGAGUUGACCUACAAUGAACUUGUUAAGAUGUUGCUAAUAAACAUUGUGAAGUUUG